UGUAACAAUAACGAUUGUUUUUUUUUAUUUUUAGGUUUGGUUCCAAAACAGGCGGGCGAAAUGGAGGAAAACCGAAAAAUGUUGGGGCAGAAGUACGAUCAUGGCAGAGUACGGACUCUACGGUGCAAUGGUUCGACAUUCGCUCCCACUACCGGAAACGAUUCUCAAAAGUGCGAAGGAGAACGAAAGCGUCGCCCCCUGGCUGUUAGGAAUGCAUCGAAAAUCCCUCGAAGCAGCAGAACACCUAAAAGACGACACCAACAACAGCGACCACGAGGAAACCACGUCCAUGCGCACCGAGAACAGCGACACCAGCGCCACCUCCAGCCAGCCUCCGCCUUCUCAGCAGACCCACGUCAUCUCCAACGACGCCAAAGACUCCCAACCGAGUUACCCCGAGGAUCCCGAAGCGUUCCGAAACAACUCGAUAGCGUGUUUGCGCGCUAAAGCGCAAGAACACAGCGCCAAGUUGAUGAAUCACAAUCUGAUGAUGCAUAUGCGACCUAGUCCGACGAACUGCGAUGCGAACGCGAACAAUCUGCAAGUGGGAGUCAAAGGGGAAGUACAGGGGAUUUUCUGA